AUGGAAUUCGAAGAGCUGGGCAUCCGGGAGGAAUGCGGCGUCUUCGGCUGCCUCGCCGCGGGCCAGUGGCCCACCGAGCUGGAUGUGCCCCAUGUGAUCACGCUGGGGCUGGUGGGGUUGCAGCACAGAGGCCAAGAGAGUGCGGGGAUUGUGACAAGUGAUGGAGAAUCAGCACAUUUCAAAGUGCACAAGGGAAUGGGCCUGGUUAACCACGUGUUCAGCGAAGACAGUCUGAAGAAACUGUACGUUUCAAAUCUUGGAAUCGGCCAUACAAGAUACUCUACCUCUGGGGUGUCUGUCCUUGAUAAUUGUCAACCGUUUGUGGUGGAAACUUUGCACGGGAAGAUUGCGGUCGCCCACAAUGGAGAGCUAACGAAUGCUGUGCGACUGAGGAGAAAGCUAAUGCGUCAUGGAGUGGGCCUGUCUACCAGUUCUGAUAGUGAACUGAUCACGCAACUGUUGGCAUUCACCCCUCCUUUAGAGGAAGAUGAUACACCAGAUUGGGUGGCAAGGAUUAAAAAUUUGAUGAAUGAAACACCCACUUCAUAUUCACUUCUGAUGAUGCAUAAAGACAUUAUUUAUGCAGUUCGUGAUCCCUAUGGGAACCGUCCUCUCUGUAUUGGCCGCCUUGUUCCAGUAGGUGAUAUCAAUGGAAAAGGGAAAAAUAAUGCUGAAACUGAAGGCUGGGUAGUUUCUUCAGAAUCCUGUAGCUUUUUAUCUAUUGGUGCAGAAUACUAUCGAGAAGUCAUGCCUGGAGAGAUUGUGAAAAUAUCCAGAUACGAUGUCCAAACUUUAGAUAUUGUACCGAGACCUAAAGGAGAUCCAACAGCAUUCUGCAUUUUUGAAUAUGUGUACUUUGCAAGGCCAGAUAGCAUCUUCGAAGGUCAGAUGGUAUAUUCUGUAAGAAGGAGAUGCGGUCAACAGCUUGCUAUUGAGGCCCCAGUGGAAGCAGAUUUAGUUAGCACAGUCCCAGAAUCUGCAACGCCUGCAGCUCUUGGCUAUGCCCAAAAGUGUGGCUUACCGUACAUUGAAGUGCUUUGCAAAAACAGAUAUGUAGGAAGAACUUUCAUUCAGCCAAACAUGAGGUUAAGACAGCUGGGAGUGGCCAAAAAAUUUGGAGUCUUGUCAGACAACUUCAGGGGGAAGCGAGUUGUCCUUAUUGAUGAUUCGAUUGUGCGAGGCAACACUAUUUCCCCUAUAAUUAAACUAUUGAGAGAAUCUGGUGCUAAGGAGGUGCACAUCCGUGUGGCUUCACCUCCAAUAAAAUUUCCAUGUUACAUGGGAAUAAACAUUCCAACGAAAGAAGAACUUAUUGCAAACAGACCAGAAUUUAAAGACCUAGCAGGCUACAUAGGAGCUGACAGCGUUGUUUACCUCUCAGUAGAAGGAUUGGUUUCCUCUGUUCAAGAAAGCAUAAAAGCAAGACAAGACCAGGAAAAUAACCUAAAAAUCAGCAAGUUCAAAAGCGGGAAAAUCGGCCAUUGUACAGCGUGCCUUGUUGGAGAAUAUCCAGUAGAGCUAGAGUGGUGAUUUUUGUGAAUGUUAUCACCAAAGGCUUAAAGUUUGGAACUGAUGAAAUAUUAUGUUGCUGCUAAGCAAGUAAUCAAACCACUCACGUUUGCCUAACCCUUAUUUGGAGAGGGUAAAAAAGGAGCAAAAAAAA